AUGCACCACGAAGCACUCACCGAAGGUCUCCCUGGAAGCAAUGUUGGAUUCAAUGUGAAGAACGUGCCUGUUAGUGAAAUCCAUCGCGGCAAUGUUGCAGGUGAUUCCAAAAAUGAUCCUCCUAAAGCAGCUGAGAGUUUCAUGGCGCAAGUAAUUGUCAUGAAUCAUCCAGGUGAGAUCAAAAAUGGCUAUUCUCCAGUCCUUGAUUGUCAUACUGCACAUGUUGCCUGCAAAUUUAGUGAAAUAACUGAGAAGCUUGAUCGACGUUCAGGGAAGGUGAUUGAAGAAAAUCCAAAGUUCAUUAAAACUGGUGACGCUGCAAACGUGAAACUUGUACCGUCCAAACCCAUGUGUGUUGAGACAUUCCAGGAGUACCCACCGCUCGGUCGCUUUGCUGUUCGAGAUAUGAAGCAAACAGUAGCUGUCGGUGUCGUUAAAAGUGUCGUCAAGAAAGCUGAUGCAAGUAAAGUUACAAAGUCCGCUGCAAAGGCUUCAAAGAAAAAGUAA